AACAUUGGGCCUAAAGUUUUUGACCUUUGAAGGUCUGAGAACCGGGAGGAGCUAUUGUCAAUAACUGCCAACAUGAUGGAGAAAAAUAUGCAUGAGGGGAAGGAAGCAUCUUCUUCAUAUGUAUCUUGGUCGCCUGAAGUUCAGAAUGAUUGGAUCAAAGCUCAAGAUUCGUUGAAGAGAAAACUAAUCACAGAAGAUGAUUUCAAAUGGAAACUACCCACAACCCAACAAGCACUUGGCGGAAAAGAAGAUGCAGAAGAGAGUAGUGGAGUAUUGAAGUAUGUGGGUGGGGUUGACUUGAGCUUCUCAAAAGACGACCCAUCCAUUGCAUGUGGCAUACUUGUUGUUUUGGACCUCCAAACUUUGAGAGUUGUCUAUGAAGAUUUCUCCAUUGUCAGGCUCAAUAUCCCAUAUGUCCCUGGUUUCCUUGCAUUUAGAGAGGCUCCAGUUCUUUUAGAGCUUUUGCAGAAAAUGAAGAAAAAUAUUCAUCCUUACUACCCCCAGUUGUUAAUGGUUGAUGGCAAUGGAUUACUUCAUCCUCGAGGAAUUGGAUUGGCCUGUCAUCUUGGUGUUCAAGUGAAUAUUCCCACUAUUGGGGUAGGAAAGAAUUUGCAUCACGUGGAUGGUCUUACCCAAUCUAGGGUAAGAAAGCUCUUUGAAGCCAAAGGGAACUUAAUGAAAGAUAUGAUCACUCUAAUCGGGGAGUCUGGACGAACCUUGGGAGCAGCGAUGCGAUCAACUCAGAGCUCAUUCAAGCCUAUAUUUAUUUCAGUUGGUCAUCGUAUAUCUCUUGCUACAGCCAUCAAAAUUAUGGAAAUAAGUUGCAAAUAUCGGGUUCCAGAGCCCAUCCGACAGGCUGAUAUAAGAUCAAGGGACUACCUUCGAAAGCAUCAAAUAGUAUGAACUGUACCUACCUGGGCUGGGCAAGAACAAAAAGAGGUCAUCGUCCAGGAGCUAGUCAAGGCUGGAAUGGGAUAGCAAGCCCUUUCUUCCCUAGUCAAUGCCAUUAGAACAAGGAAAGAUGAGCCAUGUCCUUUUGUAGUGGAUAAAAAGAGAUACUACUAGAAGAGGAUGAAGGUUCUUGGAGCAUGCAAACAUAUGAAGCCCUUGAGACAGUGAUGCUGCUCAUUGAAGGUCAUCAAUGGAAGAAAAUUCGUUAGUCAACUCUUUUGGCACUAGAGCACUCUGGUAGUAACUUAGUCAUGUCUAAAGGCAUGUUUGAUUCAUGGCUAGUUGCUGUUUUUUAUUCUUAGGCUCUACAAUAAAUAUAGAGGGAGAGCUUAGAGAAGAUGGUAGCAGCAGAAUACUAGAACUAGACAUGACGGUUGAAGUGUAAUAAUGUUUGAUGUGCUACAAGAAGAUAUAGAACCAGCAUUUUAAAGCAUAGAAUGGCAGUAGUCAAAGAUGUGUUUACUACAUGAACAUACCCGAAAAAUCCAUGGAUAAGCGGCUUCACAAGAAA